AUGAAUUCAAUGCUUGGUGAUCCAUUUGGAAUGUUUGGAGGAUUCGGUGGAUCAGGUCAUCGUGGACAUGGUCGAGAUCUUAUGCCUUUUGGAUUUCGAAAUAUGAAUGACAUUUUUCAAAAUUUUCAAAUAAACACCAAUGAUCCUAAUUGUCAUUCCUUCAGCUCGAGCACAGUAAUGACAAUGUCCAGUGGACCAGAUGGUCGUCCACAAGUUUACCAAGCAUCACAGUCGACUAGAACUGCUCCAGGUGGUAUUCGAGAAACUCAAAAAUCCGUAUGCGACUCACGAACUGGUACAAAAAAAUUAGCCAUUGGCCAUCACAUUGGAGAUCGCUCACAUGUAAUGGAGAGGGAACAAAAUAUGCAUUCCGGCCAAAUGGAGGAAAGACAAGAGUUUAUUAAUUUAGACGAAGAUGAGGCUGACGAUUUUAAUCGUGAAUGGGAGACAAGAGCUCGUAGUGGAGGUAACUCAAUUGGAUAUGGUCAAUCUCGUGUGCGCAGUCGACGUCAACGUGACGACAUUCCUGCUAUUUUAGAUAGGUGA